GAUGGCAAAGUGUGUAGGUAGGUGUUAGAAGGGGUUGUGGUUUUGUGCAGUGUCGCAAUGUCCGGACGUGGAAAGCAGGGAGGCAAAGCUCGGGCUAAGGCCAAGUCUCGCUCUUCUCGUGCGGGGCUGCAGUUUCCCGUGGGCCGUGUGCAUCGGCUCUUGCGCAAGGGGAACUAUGCGGAGCGUGUGGGCGCCGGCGCUCCCGUUUACAUGGCCGCGGUGCUGGAGUAUCUGACUGCUGAAAUCUUGGAGCUGGCUGGCAACGCGGCCCGGGACAACAAGAAAACCCGCAUCAUCCCCCGCCACUUGCAGCUGGCCAUCCGCAACGACGAGGAGUUGAACAAGCUGCUGGGCAAAGUCACCAUUGCCCAGGGUGGGGUCCUGCCCAACAUCCAGGCGGUGCUGCUGCCCAAGAAAACCGAGAGCCACAAAGCUAAGGGCAAGUAAGAAGGCUGUUAGUAUUCGAAUUAACUGAACCCAAAGGCUCUUUUAAGAGCCACCCACGAGUUCAAAAAGAGCUGUUAAUCUUGGAAAAUGAUACAAAAGAUGAGAAAGCAAAGGAAGUGUAAGUAUCGGUUUGUGAACAGGUCUCCAAAGGAUUGCAGGUAGUUUGCUAUGCUUCUGGAGUGUUACCAGAGAGCUGAGGUUUGGUGUCAAAAUUUUUUUUUCUAUUAAAAGAGCAAUCUCAUUUCUAAGGGGUUUGGAGUGAAAUGCAUUAACAUCCAUAUAUCAGCUAAAAUGGAGAAUGAUCUGUACUUGAUUUUUGCAGUGAAGUUACUGCCUUACUUUUUCUUUCUUAUCUCACAGAUAUUUAAGGAAAAAUAAGAAUAAAGUGGUUUGGAUGAAA